AUAGCCUCAGGACAGAUAAGCUCCAGGGAGGGAAAAGAGGGAGGGAACAAGAGAGGAGGGAGGAGGAGGGAGAGGUAGGCAGCCCUCUGAGGAAAGAGGGAGUCUCUCUUUUUCUGUCUCAGACAGACUUGCUGGCUGAUGGUCUUCCCUUCCUCCUGUCUACUCGGGCUCUCUCGCUGCCGGCGGCUGGCUGGAGGAGUUUAGCUGUGUUUUGGCUGCUGUUUGGACUUGAACAUGGACUCAGGCUGAAAAGCUUCACGCAGCGAGACAUGAGAAGAGUCACUGGAGAUUCACUGAGUGGCACCUACUCUAUCUUUCUGAGGACAUUUGUGGCAUGAAACCAGAUCACACACAACUUUCAUUCAUCUCCUCCUCCUUCAUCUCCCUCCAACACUCUCCAGUUAGGAAAUCUCUCUCGGCAUUGAUGAGGUAACGUCAAGCUCCACGCAGCGCAGCAAGCAUCUGCACUAACACCACCCUCCCCUCAUCCUCCCCCUUCCUUCUGUCAACCCUUCCAUCGCAGCCAUGGGCCAGAAGAUUUCUGGCGGCAUCAAAUCAGUAGAUGGUCGCGGGGAAAGCGGUAGCUCCCCGUCAUACCGGCCAUCGGCUCAUCGCCGGCAGCACCUGGAGCUGAGGGGCCCAGAUUUCUCUAAACCUCCUAGACUGGAUCUGUUACUGGACAUGCCAUGUGCUGGACUAGAGACUCAGCUCCGUCACGCAUGGAACCCUGAUGACCGCUCCCUCAACAUCUUUAUCAAAGAGGACGAUAAGUUGACAUUUCACCGCCACCCAGUCGCUCAGAGCACGGACUGCAUCCGGGGGCGGGUUGGAUACACCAGGGGUCUCCAUGUGUGGAAGAUCCACUGGCCCGCCAGACAACGAGGCACCCAUGCUGUAGUUGGGGUGGCAACCUCAGAAGCUCCUUUACAUUCUGUUGGUUACACAGCGUUGGUGGGGUCGGACUGUGAGUCCUGGGGCUGGGAUCUGGGACGUAACCGGCUGUACCAUGACAGUAAAAACCGGGCCCACAGCUCGCUGCCGUCUUACCCUUGUUUCCUGGAGCCGGAGGAGUCAUUCACCCUGCCGGACUCUCUGCUAGCGAUUCUGGACAUGGACGAAGGAACCCUGAGCUUCAUGGUGGAUGGACAGUAUCUAGGAGUGGCAUUUCGAGGGCUAAAAGGCAAGAAGUUGUAUCCCAUUGUCAGCGCUGUGUGGGGACAUUGUGAGAUAUCCAUGAAGUACAUCAACGGCUUGGACCCUGAGCCCCUUCCUCUGAUGGACCUUUGUAGGCGUGCGGCUCGCCUGGCAUUGGGUCGCGAGCGGCUUCAGGAGAUCGAGAGCCUCCCUCUGCCCCAGUCCCUCAAAAAUUACCUCCAAUACCAGUGACUGACACCAGCAGAGGCAACUGGGAGUACAAGGACACAAACCAGACCACCGGAAAGUCUAACGAUGGAAGAAUGAAAGAAAGAAAUUAAAAGAUGCAAAGAGGGGGUGACGGGUGGAGGAAUGUCCACACUGAGAGCGUCAGAGCUCAACAAAAGAUGGAUUUAUACCAAGAUGCGUGAAAGGAUGGUGGAUGAACUGAAAGUGGAGGUCCAGGCUUUCACACAAAGGAAAGAACGCCACCAGCUUCUUUUGGAUUUCAAGCUGCUCUUUCAUUCAUUUUGGACUUGAAAUAAAUUAUUGAUGAUGGUAUCCCAUCAGUGUCUCUCACUCAUCCAGAAAGAAAAGCCCAUCCUCUGAUGGCACGGUGUGGUUAAGUGGUGAACGAGACUGUGGUAAGAUGACCACCGCCACCUAGUGAUGAGAAUAAAGACUGCACAGAGAAAGCACACUAAUCCUAUCCCUGGAGGCCUUUCUGACAUACCGUCAGUGACCAUAUCAUUGAGUUGGAUACCAUUGUGUGUAUUCAUGGUCUCCACUGGCACAGGCGACAGGCUGCAGAGUCCAGACGUCCAAAAGGAUUUUAGCACUAAUGUCAUUUUUAUGUGACGACUCGGGGCCCGACCAAAAGCUCCUACUGCAUGCAGAGCAGACGGAAACGUGGCUGCAGCAUUUAUGCAAAGUUUAGUACAAGAGACUGAACUUAUCUCCUGGCUUUAUGCAGACAUUUGGUGAUAGUUAAGCCCUUUUCAGACAUGCAAUAAGAAAUUAAUUUAAAAACAGGCAGAAAGUUAAUGUACCUGGCAGCACCUGGUGCUCGAGUGUCUCAGUGAUGGAUUUUUAAAUUAAUUUAGCCGUUAAAGUCUUAAUGAUUGUCAGUGUGAUAUAGACAUUAGAUGAAUCUCAACAAAAGCUGGAAAAAAAAUGGCUUCAGAUUUUAAAGUAUUUCUUACAACAUCAACCAUUCUGAUUGGUAGAUGUAGGUAAACGUUGUCACUUUUUGUUGCUGCAGCCUUUACGUUAAUGUGACAAUAUUCAUUCAAGACUUGCACUGUACGGGAAGUGUUUUUAACCAAGGAGCUGCGUGUCUGAAAGGGGCUUUAUCACAGAAACAAAUGGGACAAAACCGCUCGAUGUUUAAAUAAGUGUUGAGUUGCACUGAGAAACAUUCCUCACAGGGACACUGAAUCAUGUAUUAUGAUGUCAGUCAUGACCAAAGUAUUUCAUACGAAGCCACGGAGUGCACGAACGUGUCUGCAGGAGCUGUCGGUCGUGGCCUUGCGCAGUGUAACUAGUGCUAACAUGCUGUUGGCAGUAAGAGGAGCCUCACCUGCUGUUCUUUGUAGCACCCUGCUGUAGCUCACUGGUACCAGACAGUAUCUGUCUGCUCUCCGCACAACUGUCUUAAUGACCACAAACAAACCAACAAACAAACAAACAGGACCAGAGCAGAUCUAGACUAUUAUAAAGGCUUGAACAGGUCAUAGGGACAUUACUGCCACUGCAGUGGCAUAGCAGCUGUGUUUUUGGCUCAGAUUAGGAUGCAGAUGACCGAUGCACAACCACACACAAACACACAGGUUUUCUUUCCUAAAAAAGGCUUGAGUCACUUUUUUUUUUAACUUCUGAGUUUGUAUCUUACAUUAUUAUUAUUAUUUUUAUGAUUAUUAUUAUUAAUAUUAUUAUUAAUGUUAUUGUGAGCAUGGAGCCUGAUUCUGAUGAUGGUAGGAUGAGGAUGGUGAUGAUGAUGAGGAUGAUGUUUACUUAUCACAAGCUAGUUUUAUGUUUGUCUUUUUUUAACCGAUCAGUGAUGGUUACACAUUCAGGAAAAUGUUGCAUACAAAGAUUUUGUUGAUGAAGGGAGAAAGAAAUCAAAACUAGUUUAUUCAAUGCUGCUUAUUAUUAUUAUUAUUAUUAUUAUUAUUAUUAUUGUUUGUGAUGGUGGUGGUCUGACCUUUGUUUCCAUCAGUUAGGAUGAGGAGAAAAGGACCAUUUCAGAAAAGUCGUAGAAUGUUUGGACAGGCAGUUGAGAUGUCAACAGAAAUGAAAUGUGAAUAAAAGCCAAGUGAAUUUGAAAAA